AAACAGCAUGGAGGCGGUGGAGAGAAGGAGGAGCGGAGGCUCCGGUAAAACCUCUAAAAAAGGUGGGAAACGUGUCAAAGCACUGACCGCUGAAGAAGAAGCAAGAAGGAGGGAGGCAGUGAAGGAGAAGCUGAGGGAGAAGCUGGAGCUGGAGAAAAGAGCCCUGAAGGUGGUGGAGCGUCUUCUGGAGGACAGUGUGGCUGAAGACUUCCUGGUUGACUGUGCAAGGUUCAUUACUCCUGCUAAUUACAAAGAUGCUAUAGAGGAGCGAUCCAUUGCUAAACUGUGUGGUUAUCCCAUAUGUCCAAACAAACUGGGCAAGAUCCCAACUCAACAGUAUAAAAUUUCUACUAAGACCAAUAAGGUGUACGACAUCACAGAGCGCAAGUGCUUUUGUAGUAACUUCUGCUACAAAGCCUCCAAAGAGUUUGAGCUACAAAUAUUGAAGACACCUCUAUGGCUGAGGCAGCAUGAAAGUCAUCCAGAAAUAAAAUUGAUGAAGAAAGGAGAUGGUGGGAGUUCUGGUGAGGAGGUGAUGCUGUUGGAGAGGCAUCUCCAAGAAAAGGACAUUGAGGACCCGCUGGCUACUCAAUCUGUGGACAGCUCUGAGCAGCGUGAUGCUGCAGCAGACCUCAGCCACAGUGAAAGCAGCGACAUUGAACAGGAGCAGGACUUCGUCUCCAGCGUGGUCUCCCAGCGGCAGGGACCCAGGGUGCACUGGGGCGACCUGCCUAAACGUACAGACGAAGACAAAAAAGGUGAACGAGGGAAGAGGGAGAGGCCAAAGAAACAGAGGAGAGAGGGAGAUGAAGAGGAGGUUCAGGCCUAUCGAGGUGGGGAUGCACAGAGGAAUGGUGAACUGAGAGAAGAUGAGAAUGAGAGACAGGGGUCACUUUCAUGUGAAACAGGAGCUGGAACGGAUGGUGAAAAACAGCAAAAGCUGGUCUCAUUAAACACAGACAAACCAAAUAGAGAGCAGGUGACGGAGGAGAAAGACUUGUCUGAGGAGCCCAGUGUAGAAGAGGCUACAUCAAAACUGAGUUUGUGCAGUUUGUCUGAGAUGGUCACUCACACUGCUCCACGACCUGAUGACUCAACAGCCACACACGCAGAUCUAUCCACUUCUCCACCAUGUAAAGACUCAGACCCCUCAACGGAAAGCAAACAUCUUCCUUCUUCAGCUCUGAUCAGCACACAUCAGGACAAGCAUAACACGGCACUGACCGGCCCGCCAGGCCUCAACAUCACCCAGGUGGGCAUGAGCAAGAGAGGGGCAGCGGGGCUACGAGAUCUACUCAAGAACCUUACAGCUGGAACCAAACCCGAUUCCGUCCAGCUGAAUCUCCUCGAGUACCUGAGGAGAACGUUGAAGGACUGGAGCACUGACGCAACCCUGCAGUUCCUGUAUGGCGAUGGUCAUUCACUAGGCUCUCCUUUUGCUGAUGUUAAAGAGGAGAAAGAGGAGGACCUGGAUGAAGACGACCUUGAUGAUGAGCAGACCAAUGAGGAUGCAGAAGGGGUUGAUGCUGGGGUGCAGAAGAAAGCGUCUGCUGCAGCUCCGGACUACAAAACACUGCGGGAAAAAAGCCAGCAGCUGGAGCUAAGAGUCAAGGAGUUUUAUAGGGGGCCAUGUAUUCUGCCUGACGAGGCAGAGGAGCAGCAUGAAGACAAGGUGACAGUCCAGGACCAGAGCCUGAAGGACCCAGUUCUGCCGCCCAUUGACUCUCAUGCUCAGCACCUCAUACAGAAACGGAUCACUGUGGAGAAGGUCACCAGCUGCCUCAGAAACAUCAUCGGCCCGCUGCGUCUCACCAUGAGUGACGUCUCCACUGACCUGAACAACCUGAUCAGGACAUUCAGGUUCACCAACACAAACAUCAUCCACAAAACUCCAGAGUGGACGCUCAUAGCCGUCAUACUCCUUUAUCUGUUGUCAGAGGUGUCUCCGGUGGUGCGAGAAGCCUUGGAGAUGCCAGCCUCUGUGGAGUAUUUGAACACACUGAUGGAGGAGCUCGGCCUACAGGAGCAGGACCUUCUGAACGUCGCCCGGCUGUUCAAAACCCCUGCACACUGACAUACACACACACACACACACACACACACACACACACAGCACGGACAUACACAUAAUAGAUACACACUCAGGAUCUUGACCGGAUGAAAUGAAUAUGUGUGUGUUUGU